CAACCCCCCCCCCCCCCAAGCCAUCGUCGAUACAAACGGAGGCGACGAGGCAGAGGUGUCGCCGCCGCCGCAGCCGCGCGCUGCCGCCGUCUCUCCCUCGCUCCCGCUCCCGCUCCCAAUUCGGCGCCCCGAUCGCCGGAUCUCCUCGCCGGCGCCGCUGCCGGCAGCCCGCCCCCCCCACCGAUCGGCCCCUCCCCAUGCCCUUGCCCCUCCGCUGGUUUCCUCGCGCGGGAGCAGGCGGGUGGCGGCCAUGGCGGACCUCGCUUCGACCUGCAAGGAUAAACUUGCGUUCUUUAGAAUAAAGGAGCUCAAAGAUAUCUUAAAUCAGCUGGGGUUGCCGAAGCAGGGAAAGAAGCAGGACCUAGUCGACAGGGUAUUGGCGCUGUUAUCAGAUGAGCAAGGUCAACGCCAUCAUGGAUGGGGAAGGAAAAAUGCUCUUACAAGGGAGGCCGUGGCAAAAGUUGUUGAUGAUACAUACAGCAGGAAAAUGCAAGUUCAAUGUGCUCCUGACCUAGCCUCUAGGAGCCACAGCGGAUCAGAUUUCAGUCAUUUCAGGCCCAAAGAGGAAGCCACUGACUAUUAUCAUGUGGAGACUAAGGUCCGCUGCCUUUGUAGUAGCACCAUGCUAAAUGACAAUAUGAUCAAGUGUGAAGAUGCCAAAUGCCAAGUGUGGCAGCACAUGACUUGCGUACUCAUUCCAGAUAAGCCCACAGAGGGUGUUAGCCCUGAAGUUCCGCCUCAUUUUUAUUGUGAAUUGUGCCGGCUGAACCGGGCAGACCCGUUUUGGGUAAAUACAGGAAAUCCUUUACCCCCCGUGAAAUUCAUGUCAUCUGGUGUUGGAAAUGAUGGAACAAGUGUAUCUCAAAGUGUGGAGAAGACCUUCCAGCUUUCUCGAGCAGAUAGAGAAACAGUUCAGAGACCAGAAUAUGAGCUUCAGGUUUGGUGCAUUCUUAUAAAUGACAAAGUCCAAUUCAGGAUGCAAUGGCCUCAAUAUGCAGAAUUGCAAGUGAAUGGUAUUCCUGUACGAGUAGUGACCAGACCUGGUUCUCAGUUACUAGGGAUAAAUGGACGGGAUGAUGGGCCACUGGUAACAACGUGCAGUAGAGAAGGAAUCAAUAAAAUUAGCUUAUCAAGAGUUGAUACUCGAACAUUUUGCUUUGGAGUCCGAAUUGUUAGGAGGAGGACUGUUGCUCAGGUAUUAAACUUGAUCCCAAAAGAAGGUGAAGGGGAGUCUUUUGUGGAUGCUCUUGCUCGUGUCCGGCGCUGUCUUGGAGGUGGAGGUGCUACAGAUAAUGCUGAUAGUGACAGCGAUUUGGAAGUGGUUACUGAAUCUGUUACAGUCAACCUUCGUUGUCCUAAUAGUGGAUCCAGAAUGAGGAUUGCUGGAAGGUUCAAGCCUUGCGUUCACAUGGGUUGUUUUGAUCUUGAAACCUUUGUGGAAUUGAAUCAACGCUCCCGCAAGUGGCAAUGUCCAAUAUGUUUAAAGAAUUACUCUCUUGAGAACUUGAUGAUUGAUCCUUAUUUCAAUCGGAUUACUUCUUUGUUGCGCAAUUGCAGUGAAGAUGUGAAUGAACUUGAUGUUAAACCUGAUGGGUCAUGGCGUGUGAAGGGUGAUGCUUCCACCAGAGAGCUAUCUCAGUGGCAUAUGCCUGAUGGCACACUUUGUGACUCAAAGGAAGAUACAAACCCUGGUGCGGAAAAUCUGAAUGAAGUCAAGAUAGAGGGUACUUCUGAUGGACAUAGAAGUUUGAAACUUGGAAUCAAGAGAAAUCCUAAUGGCAUAUGGCAAGUUAGCAGUAAGGCAGAUGACAAGAAACCUUCUAUGGUUGGAAAUCACAUCCAGAACAACACUGGGUUUCCAGCACCAAACACUGUGCCUAUGAUCAGUAGCCCCACUGGGAGUUACAGAGAUGGAGAAGACGCAAGUGUGAACCAAGAAGGGGGUGGUACUCAAUUUGAUAUAUCAUUGAACCAAGAGUUUGACAGUUUUGCCCGUAACUUUGGUCAGACAUACAAUACAGAGGAUAGACAGCAGCAGCAGCAGCAGCAUAAUGCUGCAGAUGUCAUUGUUCUUAGUGAUUCUGAUGAAGAAAACGAUCCGAUUGUUCAACCGCCAGCUGUCUUUGGCAAUGCUGCUACAGAUGGCAACAAUUUUCCUUUCGCCACUAGUGGUGCUGGAUCUGGAUAUCCUGAAAGAUACCAGGAGGAUAAUGGCGUUGGCACAAGUGGCCUUGGUUUAUUAAGCAACAAUGCUGGUGAUUUUGAGAUAAAUAACUGGCAAAUGCAUUCUUAUCCACAACCAGAGCAAGGAUUCCAGUUUUUUGGGACUGAUACUGAUGUUGCCAAUCCUUUUGGUGCUUCACAUAAUUCCUUUAAUAUUGCACCAGAUGACUAUUCUCUUGAUUGUAAUGUUGGCAUAGAGGAACCCUCGGCAGCUCACGGUAUUUCAAUUUGCCGGAACAGUAAUGACAUGCAUGGAAGCUUGGUUGAUAACCCAUUGGCAUUAGCUGGCGAUGAUCCAUCUUUGCAAAUUUUGUUUCCAAGUCAACCUUCCACUGUUCCCCUUCAGGAAGAAUUGAAUGAGCGUGCUAAUGCUCCAAAUGGUGUCCACCCUGAUGAUUGGAGGAUCUCUCUUACACUAGCGGCAGGUGGAGGUGGUAAUGAAGAGUCUGCAAAUGUUGAUGGUCUACAAUCACAGCCAAAACUGCCAUCAAAAGAGGCAGGGGUCGAACCUUUAAUUGAUUCUGCCCGACAACCAUUUUCAGGAUCAUCAUGGUCAACUUUUGAAGGCAGACAUCUUAGCUUCUGCUCUCCCAAGCACGAACAAUGACAGAUGCAAUGGAGCGAAUCUAAAUCCAAGAAGGAUUGAAAAUAUAUUUUCUCAUCCUCGGCAACCGCGGUCUGUUAGGCCUCGCCUGUGUUUAUCAUUAGAUACUGAUUCGGAGUAGCUCGGGCAUCACAUUGGAAUCGCCGAGUUUUUUAUUAUUUGGCAAAGCUGGCAGAAUCUUGAUUUUUUACUUUUGAGGGCUAUCAGGUUGGUUGAUACAAGGAGACACCAGUGUGGAUGCUUUGUUGCUUCAACCUGGUGUGAUCCAAGUGUUUUGUAUGAUCCAAGUGGGAUCUGCAUAGAGUUCAUCUGAUGGUUGGUACAGGAUAUUUUCUAACUGGGAGUGAAGGCUUAAUGUGGCUAGCGGAGCAGGUUGUACAUUUUUCCUGACAUUUACUGGGUAUAAGGAAUAGGGAGGCCAUCACUUGGCUAAAGACAAAUACAUGUGAAUGUUUGUGUGUACCAUCAUUGUAUUUAGGGUUUGGGUGCUAAUUUAGAUUGUUUAUUACCCUGAUGUUUGAUGGAAAAUAAAUUAUUCCUUGAAGUGGCGGUUAAUAAACAGAGCCCUUCACUUU